CUACAGAGCAACCUGUCAGUAACCCUCGGCGGCGUCUCCAGGAGAGAAGGCAACAAGAUGGGAUUGCUGUCAAUCCUGCGUAAGCUUAAGAGCACACCAGACCAGGAGGUUAGGAUACUUCUACUGGGUCUGGACAACGGCGGGAAGACCACUCUGCUCAAACAGCUGGCAUCAGAGGACAUCAGCCACAUCACCCCCACACAGGGAUUCAACAUUAAGAGUGUCCAGUCUCAGGGUUUUAAACUGAAUGUUUGGGACAUUGGAGGUCAGAGGAAAAUCAGGCCGUACUGGAGAAACUACUUUGAAAACACAGAUGUGCUGAUUUAUGUCAUUGACAGUGCUGACAGAAAGAGAUUUGAGGAGACAGGUCAGGAGCUGGCUGAGUUGUUGGAUGAAGAGAAGUUGAGUGGCGUUCCUGUGCUGAUCUUUGCAAACAAGCAGGACCUGCUGACGGCCGCUCCGGCCUCCGAGAUUGCCGAGGGUCUCAAUCUGCACACCAUCCGGGAUCGCAUGUGGCAGAUCCAGUCCUGCUCCGCCCUCACUGGUGAAGGGAUUCAGGAGGGCAUGAAUUGGGUGUGCAAGAGCGUCAACUCCAAGAAAAAAUAGCUUUGCUUCUAGUCUUCUGCUACUCAAGAGGAACAGCAGCACAUACACAUACUCUGACACACAUUGCACCCUCCUGAGCCUUAGUACGAUGGGAUAUACCUGUGAAUGUAAACGCACUACUAAUCCAACAUGGACCUGGAGUUUUUAACCCUCUACAUUCCCAUAUCGCUGAUAUUUACUAAUCUCGGCACAUCUUCCUACGUUGGCCUCCACGACGAGCAGGGCGGUUUGACUUCAAAGGGAAUCGACCUCCUCCACCCAGACUACCUACGUCACCAUCCACAGCCCUUUAACAACCUCAAACAUUCCCAUUAAACUGCUGUCUUUCAUUGGAAUUCCAGCUUGUCCUUUAAACUCUUUCACACACUGUCCUGGAAACCAGCUUCCCCCCACCCCCCCACACACUCCCAUAUACGUCUCCAUCUUUUCCUCCGUCUUGUUCUUACAGGUUGGUAGUUUAUAGGUUGUGUUUGUUUGUUUUUAUCAUUCCACGAUGGCUGUAAGCUUGUUUCCUGCUAUGGCUCUGUUGGAAGUGAGGUAUAUUUUUGUAAUUGUAUUAUUUAUGGUGAAGUAGACAAACGACAACCGGUGUGAUGUGUGUGCGUGUGUGUGUGUGAUUUUAAAGGAUGUUGGUGAAACAAUUCCAACUGUCCCCACUAAAGAAUUAUAUUGUACAUGUUAAUAUGUAAAAAAAAAAAAGGAAAAAAAAGAUGAGGAGAGGAACAUCAUUUUUGGAUCAAGUGUAAAUAGCUCGGCCCUGUGGUCAUAUGUUACGUUAUGCACAUGUUAUAGAGUAUAUGUUACCCUGCUGUACUUUGUAGUCUAUAAUGUCUGCAUAUCUAAUAUAUGCAGAUUUUUAACAGAGUUAUACGUACUGUACGUCCCAAUGCAUUUCUUUGUGCUCAUAGGGUUUGUGAGGGAAUUCACUCUUUUUGGCGUUUCCUUUUGAUAUUCUUGAAUGUAAUCUGUCCAGAAUUGAAGGUACUGUAUGUGAAUAAAAAGACAAGAAAUCCUGA